UUCCGUGGCCAUGUUGGCUCAAGGCCACGUUUGGUCAAGCCGUGUUUGCUAGAGGCAGGGUUUGUCCGAGGCGGCGGACGGCCGCAGGCCUGGAAACUGGGGCGCGCGCGGCCGACAUGGCCGAGCUCACCGGAGCGCAGCUGCAGCGGACCUGUGCGCCACUGUAUCCGUCCUUCGCACUUGAGUCUUUUGCCGCCCUGGUCCUGUUCUUCUUCUUUCUCUACCUGUCAAUCAUCAUCUCGACCAGGCAGCAGCUCAAGACGCCGGCAAAGUCGAUAGCCAAGUUGAUCUGGCACAGCCUCACGGGUUGGUGGGAGGACACGGUCAGAGUGCUCAGCAGGUGGAGUGAGAUGGGCGAGAUGUCGAUGCCCAAGCGAUUACGCUUCUGCCGGAGGUUGAACGCGACGAUUUGCCGGUCGCAGGCCGUCAUCGCGCUCUUGGCCGUGACCCGCUGGCUGCACAUCAACAACGUCAACGGCUUCCGGUACCUGGGCUACGCCUUCACUUGCCCCUUGAUGCAGGCCGAGCUCAUCCUGAUCAUCGCGCCGAUCGUGCCGUGCUACAGGAUGGUGACGCAGAUGACUGCCAUUAUUACUUUCCUGAUGCUGCUGUCUGGGUAUAUCGCGUCCCAGUUUGAUGGGAAGCUGUGGGAGGGCGACCUCGUCCUCGACAGGAACCUCAGCUUCCUCACCACUAAAGGCUGGGUAACGCUCCCGAGCAUGGUCAUCCUGCUCUUCCUCUCCUUCGUUCAGAUCCCCGUCCUAGGCCUGCUGUACUGCUGGAAUGGCGGUGGCCGCGACGGCAGAUUCCCGGCCGGUUACCUGACGCUCUUGGCGAUCACGUCCGUCACGUGGCUCCUCUUCCCCAUCUGGUGGUUUCUGUCCUUUGAGGGCGAGGGCUACAUCCAGGACACCAAACUCAACGGCGCUGGCUUCGCUCUCCUCAACAUGACCAGCAAGGGUGCGUUCACGAUGCAGAUGCUGUCCAUGGUCAAGCGGUGGAAGCGCGACUUCGGGCCGAGCAGCUUUGGGCGGCAGACCUCGGUAGACUCCGCCGUUGCGGACCUCCAGAAUCUCUCGCCUCGCAGCAACAAAACCGAGAAGUCUGCGGACUGGAUCAUCAAUGGCCUGAAGACGUUCGAUCAGGGCAGCGAUAAUUCGCUGGAUCGGGUCCCAGGUCUGGGCCCCGAGGCGCAGGCGCCGCCACCACCCGAGAAGACGAUUGUCCUCGACACGACUUGCCUGAGCGAUGAGGUGCUUGUCUCGGAGCUGGCGAGGAGGAUCAACCUGAGCAGCGUGGGCAACACCGACCACAUCGUCGGCAAGCCCCUCGACCCCCAGGAGCUCUUCAAGCAGGCGCUGGACAAAGAGAUAGCCAUGGCGUGCUCGAAGUUCGCCUGUGAGGACGAUGAUGAGGACGACGAGGAAUGAGAAGGCGGUCGGUCACACCUCGGGGCUCCGUUU